CCGCCCCCCCCACCCCCACCCGCUGGGCCACUCGGGCUCGCGCGCUGGGAGCGGGUGCGGAAAGAUGUCGGACGCGGCGGUGGCGGACACUCGGCGCCUUAACUCGAAGCCUCAGGACCUGACGGACGCCUACGGGCCUCCGAGCAACUUCCUGGAGAUCGACAUCUUCAACCCUCAGACGGUGGGCGUGGGCCGAGCGCGCUUUACCACCUACGAGGUCCGGAUGCGGACUAACCUACCAAUCUUCAAACUGAAGGAGUCAUGUGUACGGAGGCGCUACAGUGACUUUGAGUGGCUAAAGAAUGAACUGGAGAGAGACAGUAAGAUUGUAGUGCCACCACUGCCUGGGAAAGCCUUGAAGCGGCAGCUCCCCUUCCGAGGAGACGAAGGUAUCUUUGAGGAAUCCUUCAUCGAGGAAAGGAGGCAGGGCCUGGAACAGUUUAUUAACAAAAUCGCCGGGCACCCACUGGCUCAGAAUGAGCGCUGCCUACACAUGUUCCUACAGGAGGAGACAAUCGACAGGAACUACGUCCCUGGGAAGAUCCCUCCGGGUUGUCCAGGUUCACUGCACUGCCACUAAUGGAGAAGUCCAUGACAUUCGACUGUACCACAGUGUAUCGGUCUCUGUGUACAAUGUUCUCCUGGUUCUGCUCCUUUCACCAACAUGUACUGGAAUUUGUUCAGCCAUUCCCCAAUUGAAGGGCAUCCCCUCAUUUUCCAAUUUUUUCCAGCACCAGAUCUGAUUGAAGCCAGCAAAGCCCUUUACAGUGACUGUCUUAAAUGAUCUCUCUUUCUCUUUUUAAAACCCUUACGGACUUAUGAGAAAAAACUGUGGGAGCAGAAAUGUAGAAGAAAAACAUUUGCAUGGUCACAUGGGUCGAUGGCGAUAUGAUUGGGGAGGCAGACUCUAAGCGAUCACCCCAGUGCAAACGUUAAUAAUAUGGAAAUGGGUCUUGAUCAUUUUAGAUCUUUACACAUGUAAAACCCAGUGGAACCGCGCAUUGGCUAUGGGAGGGAGUGGGAGGAGGGAGGGAAAGAACAUGAAUCAUGGAACCAUGGGAAAAUAGUCUGAAUUAAUUAAAAUUUUAAGAAUAAAAAUAAAAUAGGCUUAUUUUAAAAAUCCUAAUGCCUUUUGUCUUAAAAUCUCUUCCAAGGCAGAAGAGCAGUAAGGGGUAGGCAGUUGCAGUUAAGUGACUUAGGGUCAUGUAAAUGGCUAAUGUAAAAACAGGUGGAGGUGGGCACCUAGGUGGCUCUGUGGGUUCCAAUGUGAUCUCCCACCCGUCCCAGGUAUGUGAUGGAGAGCAAGUUACUCAACCCCCUUGAUGAGGGUGUUGGGGGCAAAAGCAGGAUUUGCCCUCCAGGUAAUCACUGGGUUAUUUGGUUUCUCCUGUGGGGACUGACUGAGCCUUGCCUGGUUUCACUUAAACUUCAUCUUCCAGAUCUCCCAAAUGUCAGACUCACUUUGGAAGUGAAUCUGUUUUGGACAGCUCUGGCCUCCUCACCCAGGGGCAUCUUCCAGUAGAAGUCAGACAUAACUCCCUUGAGGUCCCUCCUUGAAGAUCUCCUCCUCUCAGCCUGCAACCUCAUCUGCAUCCCUUCAUCUCUGCCUCCUCCAGCCUCUGUCUAGGGCUGGCGGACUUCUAGCAGCUUGGUGGCAUAGUGGGUAGAGUACUGAACUUGGAGUCAGGAGAGAUCAGAGCCUCAGAAACUUCCAAGCUGUGUGGCCUUGGCAAGUCACUUCACCUCAGUUUUCUCAGCUGUAAAAUGGGGAUCAAAGUCAAAAGGACUGGUGACAGCCUAGGGUGCAGGGGAUGACCUUGGCUUCUCUAAUGUCUAACCAAGUUGUCGGAACAACUUGUGUUCAUCCAUCCAUUCUGCCACCUGGGGAAAUCUCUAUGUGCCUGGGGAAAAUGGCUCCCCCUAACCCCAACUCACUGAGAGGUUUGAGGCUCAUCAGUUACCUCAGCCUGGUUUACCCAUUUGCCAAGACAAUUUUUUAAAAUUUAGGCCAAUAUUUUCAUUUGUAUUUUUUUAUUCAAGAAUGUUUAUUAAAGAAUGAACAAGAAACCACAUUGAGAGAAAGAAUUAUUGGAGUAGAAAUGUAAAAGAAGAACAUAUGACAUCAUAUCACAUGCAUAUAUGGGUAUGUGAUUUGGGGUUCAGACUUUAAAAAAUCGUUGUAUAACAAAAAUGAAUAAUAUGGAAAUAGGCAUCAAGUGACAACAUUUGUACAACCCAGUGCAAUAACUUGUUUUUUUUUUAAUUUAAUUAGAUGAUUUGGAAUAAUUUUCCAAGACUCAUGUUCCUCCCCUCCCCCUAAAUCCCUCCCAUAUAUGACGCACAAUUCCACUGGGUUUAACAUGUGCCAUCAAUCAAGACCCAUUUCCUUAUUAGUAUUUGCACUGGGUGAUCUUUUAGAGUCCACUUUCCUAGUCAUGGCCCUAUCGACCCAUGUGAUCAAGCAGUUGUUUUUCUUCUGUGUUUCUCUUCCCACAGUUCUUCCUCUGGAUGGGGAUAGCGUUCUUUCUCGUAUGUUCCUCCAAAUAGUUCUGGAUCAUUGCAUUGCUGCUAGUAGAAAAGUCCAUUAUAUUUGAAUUUACCACAGUGUAUCCCUCUCUGUGUACAAUGUUCUCCUGCUUCUACUCCUUUCACUCUGCAUCCAUUCCUGGAGGUCCUUCCAGUUCACAUGGAAUCCCUCCCAUUCCUCAUUCCUUUCAGCACAAUAGUAUUCCGUCCCCAACAGAUACCACAAUGUGUUCAGCCAUUCCCCAAUUGAAGGGCAUCCCCUCAUUUUCCAAUUUUUUCCACCACAAAGAGUGCAGCUACAAAUAUUCUUGUACAAGUCUUUUUCCUUAUGAUCUCUUUGGGGUACAAACCCAGCAGCGUUGUGGCUGGAUCAAAGGGCAGGCAGUCUUUUAGCGCCCUUUGGGCAUAGUUCCAAAUUGCCUUCCAGAAUGGUUGGAUCAAUUCACAACUCCACCAGCAAUGAAUUAAUGUCCCUACUUUGCCACAUCCCCUCCAGCAUUCAUUACUUUCCUUUGCUGUCAAGUUAGCCAAUCUGCUAGGUGUGAGGUGAUACCUCAGAGUUGUUUUGAUUUGCAUCUCUCUGAUUAUAAGAGAUUUAGAACACUUUUUCAUGUGCUUAUUAAUAGUUUUGAUUUCUUUAUCUGAAAAUUGCCCAUUCCUGUCCCUUGCCCAUUUAUCAACUGGGGAAUGGCUUGCUUUUGGGUACAAUUGAUUUAGUUACUUAUAAAUUUGAGUGAUUAGACCUUUGUCAAAGGUUUUUGUUAUAAAGAUUGUUUCUCAAUUGGUUGCUUCUCUUCUAAUUUUUGUUGCACUAGUUUUGUUUGUACAAAACCUUUUAAAUUUAAUAUAAUCAAAA